GGCGGUAUUUAGUUCAAACUUAAAAGUAACGUAAAGCAGAAAAGACAACCGUAGUUGUCUCACUCACACAAGCGUCAACGUUGUCGGAUUUAGUCUCACACAGCAAUAGCCAAAGCGACCUUUAGUCGAGUUUGUUCUACCACAAUACUGGGUUUAACCCAUUUUUUUACCCUCAUUUCAUUUAUGUUCCUUUCUCUUUUGUUUCUGUUUCUUCAGAUCAGUAGAAGCUUUCACUUGAUCUAUGGAUUUGCAUUUAUAUUUUGAACUUCAUAGCUAAUUUUGUUGAAUUUGACAGAAAGGUGAUUUUGAACUGUGUAUUUUGAUUGUUUAUUUAACAUAUUUGAGCAGUUAAUAUAAGAGAGAGAAUUAAAUUAAAGCUAAAGAACAAUAAGGUUACAUAUAGGAGGACUGUUUACCCAGCAGAAAUGCAAGGCUUGAGAGAAGACUGUUUAUCCUGUGGAACUUUUGUCAGCUGAUGGAGUUCCUUACCAUAAAUCCUGCAAGUGCAGUCAUUGCAAAGGGACACUAAAGGUUCACAUGAUAGAUCCUGUUGGCCAACUAUGUCGGUUUAUGUAAUGAAGUUUCUGAUCCUAACCUCGUAGCCUGUCUUACAUAUUUCCAAUUGGGUACUUACUCCUCAAUGGAGGGUGUCCUUUAUUGCAAGCCUCGUUUUGAGCAACUCUUCAAGGAGACGGGUAACUUCAACAAGAAUUUUCAGUCACAAGCUCCAAAGUCGGCUGAAAAGUUAGCUCCCGAGCUGACAAGAUCGCCCAGCAAAGUCGCCAGCAUAUUUUCAGGGACACAAGAAAAAUGCGCUGCUUGCGGCAAAACUGCUUAUCCACUUGAGAAGGUAAUGGUGGCUGCCCUAUAAGUCCAUCUGGAGGGUAUUUUGUAUUGUAAACAUCACUUCUCCCAGCUUUUCAAAGAGAAAGGAAGUUACAAUCAUCUUAUCAAGUCCGCGUCUGUUCCAGAAGCUUGAAUUCAAUUGUUCAUCAUGUAUUUACUUCUUGCCCUGUGCUGAUUUAUGCUUAUGGCUUAACAUUCAUCGGCGUAUAUGUUACAGUAUUUGAUUUAUCUAUGGGAUUAGAAAUGCAUUUCCCAAGCUGUAAAAUGACACUUGCAAGCUGCAAUGCUAUAUUACCAUAUGUAGCUAUGUGAAUAUUUUCGUUUCUUUAAA